CGGGGAGAGCGCGGAGGUGCAACGCCGAGUAGCGAUUCAUGAGGUGUUUGUCGCCCCUCGUCACUCAUUUGGACAUGGACUUUUACAACUCAAUCAAUCAAAUUUCACCGAAUACUUUCUGAACAUCAUGAUAGACCCGAAAGCAAUUGAAGCCGUCCUGGCUAAAUUUGUUCCCCUUAUCCAAGCCCAUCGCGAGACAACCUCGACGCCCUACGUGCUAGGGUUGUCAGGUCUCCAAGGCAGUGGAAAAUCGACAUGGGCUGCAGCUCUAUCCGGAGCUCUGGUUGCUCAGCACAGCCUCAAGACAAGGAUUCUCUCACUGGACGACCUCUACUCCGACCAUGCAGACCUCGUCGCUCUCCGAGAGGCAAACCCGGACAAUGGGCUAUUGCAGACACGAGGCCAGCCUGGGACCCACGAUGAGACUCUUGCUCGAGAAUUCUUCCAUCAGGUUCUUGCCGUAAACUCGAACAAUAGUCCAGAGGCUUUCAUCAAGUGGCCAGCCUACGAUAAGAGCCUUCACAGCGGUCAGGGAGGCCGAGUGCCCCCGGAACAGUGGGACAAGGUCCCUGCCAGCCAGGGCCUGGAUGUUCUAAUCUUUGAAGGCUGGUGCCUCGGCUUCCAGCCUUUGAAUAAAGAACAGGUCAGCCAGAAGUGGGAAGAAGACAAAGCGACCAUUACGGGCGGCGAACCUCAGUCUGAAGAGGCCAAGCUCAUCCAGACGCUCGCCAGCCACGACCUGAGCCACCUGCUGCUCAUCAACGAUAAUCUUGGGCGCUACUGCGACUCGUUUGCAGGCCCAAAGCACUUUGACGGCUUUCUGCAUCUGAGCACAGACAAGUUGAUCCACGUAUAUGAGUGGAGAUUGGACCAGGAGAAGGCGCUUAGGAAGCACAAGCCGGGGAUGACGGACGAACAAGUUAUUCAAUUCGUGCGGGGAUACAUGCCUGCAUACGAACUAUUCCUAGGCCGCCUCCAAGAGGAGAACUUUUUCAAGGAAGAUGGGGUAGGAUCAAAGAUGCAUGUGCAGAUUGUCCUGAACAAGGGUAGAGAGGUGGUGCAGGUGAAGGAGCUGGAGUAGCCGCCUUCGAGUCAUCUCAACCUGCUGUGCACAAUUAGAUAGUCCGUCACUGUGUCCAAUGCCAUAGUCUGAUCUAUUUCUCAAACCGAGGUCUCAUCCGGU